AUGCCCUCUUCAUCUUUAUUAGUAAAUCUUCUUUCAGCUUUAUUCAUCCCUUUUGUGUUUGGAGAAACAGAGAUCAGGUUUGCUGGACGAACAGAAUUUGUAGUUAAUGAAACAAGUACAACAGUUAUUCGUCUUGUCAUUGAAAGGAUAGGAGACCCAGCAAAUGUUACUGCGAUUGUAUCGCUGUAUGGAGAUGACACUGGGGACUUUUUUGACACAUAUGCUGCAACUUUUAUACCCUUUGGAGAAACCAAUAGGACCGUGUACAUAGCAGUAUGUGAUGACGAUUUCCCGGAGCCAGAUGAAACUUUCAUUUUUCACUUAACUUUACAGAAACCUUCAGCAAAUGUGAAGCUUGGGUGGCCCAGAACUGUUACUGUGACAAUAUUAUCAAAUGACAAUGCAUUUGGGAUUAUUUCCUUUAAUAUGCCUUUCUCAAUCACGGUGAGUGAGCCCAGAGGCAGAAAUGAAUCUGUGCCUCUUACUCUCAUCAGACAAAAAGGAACCUAUGGGAUGGUGACUGUGACUUUUGAGGUAGAGGGUGGCCCAAAUCCACCUGAAGAUGAUUUAAGUCCAGUUAAAGGAAAUAUCACUUUUCCUCCUGGCAAAGCAACAGUAGUUUAUAACUUGACAGUACUUGAUGAUGAGGUACCAGAAAAUGAUGAAAUAUUUUUGAUUCAACUGAAAAGUGUAGAAGGAGGAGCUGAGAUCAAUACCUCCAGGGACUCAGUUGAGAUCAUUGUUAAGAAAAAUGACAGUCCUGUGAGAUUCAUUCAGAAUGUUUAUUUGGUACCCGAGGAAGACCACAUACUCACAAUUCCAGUGGUUCGUGGAAAAGAUGACAGUGGAAAUUUGAUUGGAUCUGAUGACUGUGAAGUUUCUAUCAGUUAUGUUAUUAUAACUGGGAAUUCAACAGCACAUGCCCAGCAAAAUUUAGACUUCAUUGAUCUUCAGCCAAACACAACUAUUGUUUUUCCACCUUUUAUUUAUGAAUCACACCUGAAAUUUCAAAUAGUAGAUGAUGCCAUACCAGAGAUUGCUGAAUCGUUUCAAGUCAUGUUACUGAAAGAUACUUUGCGGGGAGAUGCUGUGCUAUUAGGCCCUUCUGUUGUGCAAAUCACCAUUAAGCCAAAUGACAAACCUUAUGGGGUCCUCUCAUUCAACAGCGUCUUGUUUGAAAGGACAGUUAUAAUUGAUGAAGAUACAACAGCAAGAUUUGAAGAAAUUACAGUGGUUAGAAAUGGUGGCACUCAUGGAAAUGUUUCUGUGAACUGGAUACUGACACGCAAUAGCAGUGAUCCCUCACCGGUAACGACAGAUAUCAGGCCAAGAUCUGGAGUUCUCCAUUUUGCACAAGGGCAGAUGUUGGCAUCGAUUCCUCUCAUUGUCGUUAAUGAUGAUCUUCCAGAAGAGGCAGAAGCUUACCUACUUCAAAUUCUACCUCAUACGAUACGAGGAGGUGCAGAAGUGAGCGAACCAGCGGAGCUUUUGUUUUACAUUCAGGAUAGUGAUGAUGUUUAUGGCCUAAUAACAUUUUUUCCUGUGGAAAACCAGAAGAUUGAAAGUAGCCCAGGUGAACGAUGUUUGUCAUUGAGUCUUGCAAGACUAGGAGGAACUAAAGGAGAUGUGAAGAUAUUUUAUUCUGCACUUUAUAUUCCUGCUGGAGCUGUGGACCCUUUGCGAGCAAAAGAUGGCAUCUUAAAUAUAUCCAAGAGAAGCAGUCUCAUUUUUCCAGAACAGAAAACCCAAGUCACUAUAAAAUUGCCUAUAAGAAAUGAUGCAUUCCUUCAAAAUGGGGCCCACUUUUUAGUACAGUUAGAAGCUGUGGAGUUGGUGAAUAUAGUUCCCCCGAUUCCACCUAUAAGUCCUAGAUUUGGGGAAAUCCAAAAUAUUUCUUUGGUGGUUACUCCAGACAUUGCAAAUGGAGAAAUUGGCUUUGUUAGCAAUCUUCCAAUCAUUUUGCAUGAGCCAGAAGAUUUUGCUGCUGAAGUGGUAUGCAUUCCCUUACAUCGGGAUGGAACUGAUGGCCAGGCUACUGUCUACUGGAGUUUGAAGCCCUCUGGCUUUAAUUCAAAAGCAGUGACCCUGGACGAUAUCGGACCCUUUAAUGGCUCUGUUGUGUUUUUAUCUGGGCAGAGUGACACAACAAUCAACAUUACUGUCAAAGCUGAUGACAUUCCGGAAAUGAAUGAGACAGUAACACUUUCUCUAGACAGGGUCAAUGUGGAAAACCAAGUGCUGAAAUCUGGAUAUACGAGCCGUGACCUAAUUAUUUUGGAAAAUGAUGAUCCUGGGGGAGUUUUUGAAUUUUCUCCUGCCUCCAGAGGACCCUAUAUUAUAAAAGAAGGAGAAUCUGUAGAGCUCCACAUCAUCCGAUAUAGGGGAGCACUUGGUAAGCAGUUUCUUCACUAUCGAAUAGAGCCAAGGGAUAGCAGUGAAUUCUAUGGCAACACAGGAGUACUGGAAUUUAAACCUGGGGAAAGGGAGAUCGUAAUCACCUUGCUGACAAGAUUGGAUGGGAUACCAGAGUUGGAUGAACAUUAUUGGGUGGUCCUCACCAGCCAUGGUGAACGGGAAAGCAAGUUGGGAAGUGCUACAGUUGUCAACAUAACGAUUCUAAAAAAUGAUGAUCCUCAUGGGAUUAUAGAAUUUGUUUCUGAUGAUCUAAUUGUUACGAUAAAUGAAAGUAAAGGAGACGAUACCUAUAGUGCUGUUUAUGGUGUAAUAAGAAAUCGAGGCAACUUUGGUGAUGUUAAUGUAUCAUGGGUUGUUAGUCCAGAUUUUACACAAGAUGUGUUUCCUGUCCGAGCGACUAUUUUCUUUGGAGACCAGGAAUUUUUAAAAAACAUCACCAUUUACUCCCUUCCAGAUGAGAUUCCAGAGGAAAUGGAGGAAUUUACCAUUAUCCUACUUAAUGCCACUGGAGGAGCUAAAAUAGGAAAUAAAACUACUGCUACUCUGAGGAUUAGAAGAAAUGAUGACCCCAUUUAUUUUGCAGAGCCUCAUGUAGUGAGGGUUCGGGAGGGUGAGACUGCUGACUUUAAAGUUCUCAGAAAUGGAUCUGUUGAUGUUCCCUGCACCGUCCAAUAUGCUACCAUGGAUGGGAAGGCUACCGCCAGAGAGGGAGACUUUGUUCCUGUUGAAAAAGGAGAAAUGCUUGUUUUUGCAGUUGGAAGUAGAGAGCAGAACAUAUCUGUAUUCAUUACGGAAGAUGAUAUCCCAGAAACAGAUGAGCCCUUUUAUAUAAUCCUCUUUAACUCAACAGGUGAUACAGUUGUAUAUCCAUAUGGAAUAGCUACAGUGAUAAUUGAAGCUAAUGAUGACCCAAAUGGUAUUUUUUCUUUGGAGCCCAUAGACAAAGCAGUCGAAGAAGGAAAGACUAAUUCAUUUUGGAUUUUGAGGCACCGAGGACACUUUGGCAAUGUUUCUGUGGCUUGGCAGCUAUUUCAGAAUGAUUCUGCUUUGCGACCUGGACAAGAGUUCUAUGAAACUUCAGGGACUGUUAACUUUAUGGAUGGGGAAGGAGCCAAACCAAUAAUUCUCCAUGCUUUUCCAGACAAAAUUCCUGAGUUCAAUGAGUUUUAUAUUUUAAAGCUUGUAAACAUUUCAGGUGGGUCCCCAUGUCCUGGGGGCCAGCUGGCAGCAACCAACCUCCAGGUGACAGUAAUGAUUCCAUUCAAUGAUGAUCCCUUUGGAGUUUUCAUCUUGGAUCCAGAGUGCCUCGAGAGAGAAGUGGCAGAAGAUGUCCCCUCGGAAGACGCUAUGUCUUACAUCACCAGCUUUACCGUUCUGAGACAGCAGGGUGCCUUUGGUGAUGUACGAGUAGGCUGGGAAAUAUUGUCUAGUGAGUUCACUGCUGGUUUGCCUCCAGUGAUAGAUUUUUUGCUGGUUGGAAUUUUUCCCAGCACCGUGCACUCACAGCCACACAAGAGGCGUCACCAUAGUGGAACAGAUGCUUUGUACUUCAGUGGACUAGAGGGUGCAUUUGGAACUGUUAAUCCAAAAUACCAUCCCUCGAGGAACAACUCAAUUGCCAACUUUACAUUUUCAGCUUGGGUAAUGCCCAAUGCCAAUACGAAUGGAUUUGUUAUAGCAAAGGAUGAUGGUAAUGGAGGCAUCUACUAUGGGGUAAAAAUUCACACAAAUGAAUCCCAUGUGACACUUUCCCUCCAUUACAAAACUCUGGGUUCCAAUGCUACGUAUGUUGCUAAGACCACUGUCAUGAAAUAUUUGGAAGAAAAUGUCUGGCUGCAUCUUCUAAUUGUCCUGGAUGAUGGUAUAAUUGAAUUCUACCUCGAUGGAAAUGCAAUGCCCAGGGGAAUCAAGAGUCUGAAAGGAGAAGCCAUUACUGAUGGUCCAGGAACGUUGAGAAUUGGGGCAGGAGUGAAUGGCAAUGACAGAUUUACAGGUCUGAUGCAGGAUGUGAGGUCCUAUGAGCAGAAAUUGACCCUUGAAGAAAUUUAUGAACUUCACGCUAUGCCAGCCAAGAGUGAUUUGCAUCCUGUUUCUGGAUAUCUGGAAUUCAGACAGGGAGAAACUAACAAGUCAUUCAUUAUUUCUGCAAGAGAUGACAAUGAAGAGGAAGGAGAAGAAUUAUUCAUUCUUAAGCUAGUUUCUGUAUAUGGAGGAGCUCGCCUUUCAGAAGAGAAUACUACAGCAAGAUUGGUAAUACAAAAAAGUGACAAUGCCAAUGGCUUGUUUGGUUUCACAGGAGCCUGUAUACCAGAGAUUGCAGAGGAGGGAUCCACCAUUUCAUGUGUAGUGGAGCGAACCAGAGGAGCUCUGGAUUAUGUGCAUGUUUUUUACACUAUCUCACAGAUCGAAUCUGAUGGUGUUAAUUACCUUGUUGAUGAUUUUGCUAAUGCCAGUGGAAGUAUCAUGUUCCUUCCUUGGCAGAGAUCAGAGGUCCUGAAUAUUUAUGUCCUUGAUGAUGAUAUUCCUGAGCUUAAUGAGUAUUUCCGGGUGACCUUGGUUUCUGCGAUUCCUGGAGAUGGGAAAAUAGGUUCAACUCCCACCAGUGGUGCAAGCAUAGACCCUGAAAAGGAAACAACAGAUAUCACCAUCAAAGCUAGUGAUCAUCCAUAUGGCUUGCUACAGUUCUCCACUGGGCCGCCUCCGCAGCCUGAGGACCCAAUGACCCUACCUGCACGCGGUGUUCCCCACGUCACCGUGCAGGAGGAAGAUGGAGAAGUUAGGUUGUUGGUUGUCCGCGCACAAGGGCUCCUGGGGAGCGUUAUAGCAGAAUAUAGAACAGUGUCACUGACAGCAUUCAGUCCUGAAGACUACCAGAGUGUUGCUGGCACCUUAGAAUUCCAACCAGGAGAAAGAUUUAAAUACAUUUCUGUAAAUAUCACUGAUAAUUCUAUUCCUGAAUUGGAGAAAUCCUUUAAAGUUGAGUUGUUAAACUUGGAAGGAGGAGUGGCUGAACUCUUUAGGGUUGAUGGCGGUGGUAGUGGUGAUGGGGACAUGGAACUCUUCCUUCCAGCUAAUCACAGACGUGCCAGUCUAGGAAUGGCUUCCCAAAUUCUAGUGACAAUUGCAGCCUCUGACCAUGCUCAUGGUGUAUUUGAAUUUAGCCCUGAGUCACUCUUUGUCAGCGGAACUGAACCAGAAGAUGGAUACAGCACUGUUACAUUCAAUAUUAUGAGAAGUCAUGGGGCUCUGUCUCAAGUGUCUUUGCUUUGGAGCAUAGACUCUGACCCUGAUGGCGAUCUGGCCUUCACCUCUGGCAAUGUCACAUUUGAGAUUGGACAGAAGAGUGCCAACAUCACAGUGGAAAUACUGCCUGAUGAAGAUCCAGAGCUGGAUAAAGCAUUCUCUGUGACCAUCCUCAGCGUCUCCAGUGGCUCUCUAGGCGUUCAUUCUAAUGCCACAUUAAUAGUUCUGGCUAGUGAUGAUCCUUACGGGGUCUUCAUCUUUUCUGAGAAAAAUAGACCUAUUAAAGUGGAGGAAGCAACCCAGAACAUCACGUUGUCAAUAAUAAGGUUAAAAGGCCUCUUGGGAAAAGUUAAAGUCACAUAUGCAACACUGGAUGAUAUGGAAAAACCGCCUCAUUUUCCCCCUAAUUUAGCCAGAGCAACUCAAGGGAAAGACUAUAUACCAGCUUCUGGAUUUGCUAUUUUUAGAGCCAAUCAGAGUGAGGCAACAAUAACGGUUUCAGUCUUGGACGAUGAUGAGCCAGAAAGGUCGGAGUCUUUGUUUGUUGAGCUACUCAACUCUACUUUAACAGAGAAAGUACAGAAUCGCCCAAUUCCAAACUCUCCACGCCUGGGGCCUAAGGUAGAAGCUAUUGCUCAGUUAAUUAUCAUUGCCAAUGAUGAUGCCUUUGGAACUCUUCAGCUCUCAGCACCAGUAGUUCGAGUAGCAGAAAAUCAUGUUGGACCCAUUAUCAAUGUGACAAGAACUGGAGGAGCAUUUGCAGAUAUUUCUGUGAAGUUUAAAGCCGUGCCAAUAACUGCAGUAGCCGGUGAAGAUUAUAGUAUAGCUUCAUCGGAUGUGGUCUUAUUAGAAGGGGAAGCCAGUAAAGCUGUGCCAAUAUAUAUCAUUAAUGACAUCUACCCCGAGCUGGAAGAGUCUUUUCUUGUGCAACUGCUGAAUGAAACAACAGGAGGGGCGAAACUCGGGGCAUUAACAGAGGCGAUCAUUAUUAUUGAGGCCUCUGAUGAUCCCUAUGGAUUAUUUGGUUUUCAGAUUACUAAACUUACUGUAGAGGAACCUGAGUUUAACUCAGUGAAGGUAAACCUGCCAGUAAUUCGAAAUUCUGGGACACUCGGCAAUGUUACUGUUCAGUGGGUUGCCACUAUUAAUGGACAGCUUGCUACUGGCGACCUGCGAGUUGUCUCAGGUAAUGUGACCUUUGCCCCUGGGGAAACCAUUCAAACCUUGUUGUUAGAGGUCCUGGCUGACGACGUUCCGGAGAUUGAAGAGGUUAUCCAAGUGCAACUAACUGAUGCCUCUGAUGGAGGUACUAUUGGGUUAGAUCGAGUGGCAAAUAUUAUUAUUCCUGCCAAUGAUAAUCCUUAUGGUACAGUAGCCUUUGUUCAGUCGGUUUCUCGUGUCCAAGAGCCUCUGGAGAGAAGUUCCUGUGCUAACAUAACUGUCAGGAGAAGCGGAGGGCACUUUGGUCGGCUGCUGUUGUUCUACAGCACUUCUGAUAUUGAUGUAGUGGCUCUUGCAGUUGAGGAGGGUCAAGACUUACUGUCCUACUAUGAAUCGCCAAUUCAAGGGGUGCCUGACCCACUUUGGAGAACUUGGGUGAAUGUCUCUGCGAUGGGAGAGCCCCAGGAUUCUUGUGCCACCUUGUGCCUCAAAGAACACGCGUGCUCAGCGUUCUCCUUUCUCAGUGCUUCUGAAGGCCCCCAGUGUUUUUGGAUGACUUCAUGGACCAGCCCCACUGCUAACAACUCAGACUUCUGGACCUACAAGAAAAACGUGACCAGAGUAGCAUCUCUUUUUAGUGGGCAGGCCGUGGCUGGUAGUGAUUAUGAGCCUGUGACAAGGCAGUGGGCCAUCAUGCUGGAAGGCGACGAAUUCGCCAAUCUCACCGUUUCCAUUCUUCCCGAUGAUUUCCCAGAGAUGGAUGAGAGUUUCCUGAUUUCUCUCCUCGAAGUUCAUCUCAUGAACAUCACAGCCAGUUUCAAAAACCAGCCAACCAUAGGACAGCCAAACACCUCUACAGUUGUCAUAGCAUUAAAUGGCGAUGCCUUUGGAGCGUUUGUGAUCUACAGUAUUGGUCCCAACACCUCCGAAGAUGGCUUAUAUGUCGAAGUUCAGGAGCAGUCGCAAACCACAGUGGAGAUGGUGAUCCACAGGACAGGGGGCAGCUUAGGUCAGGUGACAGUCGAAUGGCGUGUCGUUGGUGGAACAGCUACUGAAGGUUUAGAUUUUGUCGGUGCUGGAGACAUUCUGACUUUUGCUGAAGGUGAAACCAAAAAGGUUGCCAUUUUGACCAUUUUGGAUGACUCUGAGCCAGAGGAUGAUGAAAUCAUUGUAGUUAGUUUGGUGUACACAGAAGGUGGAAGUAGAAUUUUGCCCAGUUCCGACACCAUCAGAGUGAACAUUUUGGCCAAUGACAAUGUGGCGGGCAUUGUUAGCUUUCAGACUGCUUCCAGAUCUGUCAUAGGUCAUGAAGGAGAAAUUUUACAGUUCCAUGUGAUAAGAACACCCCCUGGUCGAGGAAAUGUUACUGUUAGCUGGAAAAUUAUUGGGCAAAACCUAGAACUCAAUUUUGCUAACUCUACUGGUCAACUCUUCUUUCCUGAGGGGUCAUUGAAUAAAACAAUAUCUGUGCAUUUGUUGGAUGACAAUAUUCCUGAGGAGAAAGAAAUAUACCAGGUCAUUCUGUCUGAUGUCAGGACACAAGGAGUUUCACCAGCAGGUGCCGCUCUGCUUGACGCUCAAGGAUACGCAGCUGUUCUGACCGUAGAAGCUAGUGAUGAACCACACGGAGUGUUAAAUUUUGCUCUUUCAUCAAGAUUUGUUUUGCUGCAGGAGGCUAACACGACAGUUAAGCUUUUCAUCAACAGAGAAUUUGGAUCUCUAGGAGCAAUUAAUGUCACGUAUGCCACAGUUCCUGGAAUGUUGAGUCAAAAGAACCAAACAGAAGGAAACCUCGCUGAGCCAGAUGUGGACUUUGUCCCGGUCGUUGGCUUUCUGAUUUUAGAAGAAGGGGCAACAGCAGGCGCCAUCGACAUUACUAUCCUUGAGGAUGAUACACCAGAACUAGAAGAAUAUUUCCUCGUGAAUUUAACUCAUGUGGAACUUAUCAUGGCUCCUUUCACUUCAUUUCCUCCUAGAUUAGAUUCAGAGGGCUUGACUGCACAAAUCAUCAUUGAUGCGAGUGAUGGUGCCCGAGGCGUGAUUGAGUGGCAGCAGCGCAGGUUUGAAGUAAAUGAAACCCAAGGAAGUCUAACGUUCGUAGCCCAGAGGAGGACAGGGGCUCUUGGCCAUGUUUCCCUGUUUGUGUAUGCCCAGAAUUUGGAAGCGCAGCUGGGACUGGAUUACGCCUUUACCCCAAUGAUCCUUCAUUUCGCUAAUGGAGAAAGGUAUAAAAACAUUGACAUCAUGAUUCUUGAUGAUGACAUUCCAGAAGGAGAUGAAGCAUUUCAGCUGAUUUUGACAAAUCCUUCUCCUGGACUGGAGCUGGGGGAGAAUAUAAUAGCCUUCAUUACCAUCCUUGCUAAUGACGAUGGCCCUGGAGUUCUGUCCUUUAACAACAGUGAGCACUUUCUCCUACGAGAACCGACAGCUGUCUAUAUCCAGGAGAGUAUGGCAGUGUUGUAUGUUGUUCGGGAACCUGCCCAAGGGCUGUUUGGAACUGUGACCGUUCAGUUCAUUGUGACGGAAGUGAAUUCUUCAGUGGAGUCGGAAGACCUGACUCCUUCCAAAGGCUAUGUUGUUUUAGAACAAGGUGUUCGUUUCAAGGCCCUACACAUAUCUGCCAUACUGGACACAGAACCAGAGAUGGAUGAGCAUUUUGUUUGCACCUUGUUUAAUCCGACUGGAGGUGCUAGACUAGGGGCACAUGUUCAAACCCUGAUAACUGUUUUGCAGAACCAGGCCCCUUUAGGGCUAUUCAGUAUCUCUGCAGUUGCAAAUAGAGCCGCCUCUGUAAACACUGAAGAAGCCACCAGGACUGUAUAUUUAAGCGUGUCACGUACCAAUGGCCUUGAUUUAGCCGUGAGUGUGGAGUGGGAGACAGUUUCUGAAACAGCCUUUGGCAUGAGGGGAAUGGAUGUUAUGUUUUCUAUGUUUCAAAGCUUUCUGGAUGCAUCAGCUUCUGGCUGGUGUUUCUUUACUUUGGAAGACUCAGUACAUGGUUUAAUGUUAAGAAAAUUGUCUUCUACUCUUUACCGAUGGCAAGGGAUUUUUGUUCCAUUUAAGGAUUUAAGUGUAGAAAAUCCUAAAACAUGUGAAGCUUUUAAUAUUGGUCUUUCCCCCUACUUUGUGAUUACUCAUGAAGAAAGAAAUGAAGAAAAGUCUUCCGUUAAUAGUGUGUAUACAUUCACAUCUGGAUUCAAAUUAUUCCUGGUACAAACAAUCAAUAUUUCAGAAACUUCUCAAGUAAGAUAUUUUACUUCAGACAGUGAAGAUUAUUUGAUUGUUGCAAGUCAAAGUGAUGAUUCUCAAUUAACUCAGGUCUUCAGAUGGAAUGGAGGAAGCUUUGUGUGGCAUCAGACCCUCUCUGUCCGGGGUGUGCUGAGCAUGGCCUUGUUCACCAGAGGCGGCGCUGUGUUUUUAGCCAUUUCCCAGGCUAAUGCCAGGUCAAACUCCCUUUUAUUCCGGUGGUCCAGCAAUGAGUUUAUUAACUUCCAGGAAGUUCCCAUCAGUGGAACAACACAAGUGGAAGCCUUGACUUCAGGCGAUGAUAUUUACUUAAUUUUUGCCAAAACUCUCUUUCUAGGAGAUCAGAAUUCAGUUAACAUUUUCGUCUGGGAGGCAGGACAGUCAUCUUUCAGAUAUUUUCAAUCCCUGGAUUUUGCAGCUGUUAAUAAGAUCCACUCCUUCACACCAGCUUCAGGAAUAGCCCACAUACUUCUUGUUGGCCAAGCUGUGUCUGCGCUUUACUGCUGGAAUUCAGAGCUGAAUCACUUCUCUUUUAUUCUUGAAGCACCAUCUGCUUAUGAUGCAGCCUUUGUUACAGUGAAGUCCCUUAAUUCAAGCAAGAAUUUAAUUGCUCUUGCAGGAGCCAUCCACUCACAUAUAUAUGAGCUAACCUACGUCUCAAGCCAGUCUGACUUUAUUCCUAGUUCAGGUGAAUUGAUAUUUGAGCCUGGAGACAAAGAAGCUAUAAUAGCGGUAAAUGUCCUUGAUGAUACAGUUCCGGAGGAAGACGAAUCCUUCAGAGUUCAACUUAAAAAUCCCAAAGGAGGAGCAGAGAUUGGUAUUAAUGGUUAUGUACAAAUAACUAUUCUGUCUAAUGAUGAUGCCUAUGGAGUUGUUGGAUUUGCUCAGAAUUCAUUAUAUAAGCAAGUGGAAGAAAUGGAUCAAGAUAGCCUGAUAACCUUGAAUGUGGAACGCUUAAAAGGAACAUAUGGUCGUAUAACCGUACGGUGGGAAGCCGACGGAAGUAUUAGUGAUAUAUUUCCUACCUCAGGAGUGAUUUCAUUUUCUGAAGGCCAGGCACUGUCUACAAUUACUCUGACUGUUCUUGCUGAUGAUCUACCAGAAUUGUCAGAGAUUGUCAUUGUAACACUCAUCCGUAUUAUCACAGAAGGGGUUGAGGACCCAUCAAAAGGUGCUACUAUUGAUCAGAAAAGAAACAAGUCUGUGAUAACCACUCUGCCCAAUGACUCACCUUAUGGCUUGGUUGGCUGGCAUGCUGAGUCUCUCUUCAUUAGAGUAGCAGAGCCUAAAGAGAACAUCACCGCUCUUCAGUUACAAAUCGUUCGAGAUAAAGGAUUACUUGGAGACGUAGCCAUUCAGUUGGUAGCUAAACCCAAUUUCUUACUGCACAUCAAUAAUCAAGCCACUGAGAAUGAAGAUUAUGUGCUACAAGAAACAAUGAUAAUAAUGAAAGAAAACAUGAAAGAAACUUAUGUCAAAGUUGCCAUUUUGCCGGAUGAUGUUCCCGAGCUGGAGGAAGGGUUUACUGUCAGCAUCACUGACGUGCGCCUGGUGAACUCUGACGUCUCUGCAGGACAGCCCGGUGUACGAAGGCCGGGGCUGGAAAUGGUUGAGAUAAUGAUCGAAGAAAAUGAUGAUCCCAGAGGAAUGUUUAAGUUCCACGUUACCAGAGUUGCUGGAGUCAUUACUGCCUACGAGGUGCCUCCACCCCUGAACGUUCUUCAAGUUCCUGUAGUUCGGCUGGCUGGAAGCUUUGGGGAAGUAAAUGUUUAUUGGAAAGCAACAGUGGACAGUGCUGGCCUGGAAGACUUUAAGCCGUCUCAUGGGAUUCUUGAAUUUGCAGAUAGACAAGUUACGGCAGUGAUAGAAAUCACCAUAAUUGAUGAUGAUGAAUUUGAGUUCAUGGAGAUGUUCAAUAUUUCCUUAAUCAAGGUGGCUGGAGGUGGCAGGCUUGACGAUGAUGUUGUGGUAACUGUUGUUAUCCCACAGAAUGAUUCUCCAUUUGGAGUAUUUGGCUUUGAAGAAAAGACUGUAAUGGUAGAUGAAUCCCUUUUGUCUGAUGACCCUGAUUCGUACGUGACAUUGACAGUUGUCCGGUCCCCAGGAGGUAAAGGAGCUGUCCGGCUUGAGUGGACCAUAGAUGAGAUGGCUAAGGACGACCUCAGUCCUUUAAGUGGGACGCUUCAUUUUGAUGAGACUGAGUCCCAGAAGACCAUUGUGUUGCACACACUUCAGGACGCCACGUUGGAGGAGGACAGGCAUUUCACCAUUCAGCUGCUCUCAGUUGAUGAGGUAGAAAUAUCUCCAAUAAAAGGUAGUGCAUCAAUAAUCAUUCGAGGAGAUAAGGGAUCAUCUGGAGAAGUUGGGAUAGCUCCAUCAUCUAGGCAUGUCCUCAUUGGAGAACCUUCAGCAAAAUAUAAUGGUACUGCCAUCAUUAGCCUUAUUCGUGGCCCAGCGAUUUCCGGGGAGGUCACCGUGUCCUGGCGGAUAGUCCCGCCCUCCUUGGAGGAAUUUGCCGUAACAUCGGGAAAGCUGACGAUGCGAGACGGGCAGUCUGCGGCCGCUGUGCUGAUCCAGGUUCUGAGCGAUGACCUUCCCGAGGAAAAGCGUUUCUAUGAGUUUCAGCUCACUGCGGUCAGCGAGGGCGGAGUGUUGCGCGAGGCUGGCACCACCGCCAACAUCACCGUGGCGGCCAGUGACUUUCCCUACGGCCGGUUCGCCUUUUCUCAAGAGCAGCUGCGAGUGGCCGAGGAAGUACAAAAGGUGAACCUCACAGUCACCCGAUCGGGUGGGUCUCUCGGCCGCGUGAGGCUCCGCGUGGAGGCCGUGAGCGGGACGGCCGCGGCGGGCAUGGACUUCCUGCCCCCUCCCGCGCAGCUCCUGUUCGAAGCCGGAGAGACGGCGAAGAGCGUGCACAUUGAAAUCCUUGACGACGGCCUUCCGGAAGGUCCAGAGGAGUUUUCCCUCGUGAUGACAGAGGUGGAACUCCUGGGAAGAGGGUAUGAUUUUACCAUCCAAGAAAAUGGACUUCAAAUAGACCAACCUCCUGAAAUAGGAAACAUCUCCAUUGUCCGAAUUAUCAUAAUGAAAAAUGAUAAUGCAGAGGGAAUCAUUGAAUUUGACCCAAGGUAUACCACCUUUGAAGUGGAGGAAGACACAGGGACGAUCAUGAUUCCCGUGCAGAGACUUCAUGGCACUUACGGCCGUGUGACCGCUGAUUUCAUCUCUCAGAGCUCCUCUGCAGUUCCUGGUGGUGUCGAUUAUGUUCUGCAUGGUAGUUCAGUCACCUUUCAGCAUGGGCAGAACUUAAGUUUUAUAAAUGUUUCCAUCAUUGAUGACGAUGAAAGUGAAUUUGAGGAGCCCAUUGAAAUUAUGCUCAUUGGAGCUACCGGCGGAGCGGUCCUUGGGCGCCAUCUAGUGUGCAGAAUCACGAUUGCCAAGAGUGACUCUCCUUUUGGUGUAGUAAGAUUUCUCAAUCAAAGCAGAGUUUCUGUUCCUAAUCCCAAUUCCACAAUGACUUUACCCUUGAUGCUGGAGCGGACUGGAGGACUCUUGGGAGAGAUUCAGGUGAACUGGGAGAUAGUAGGACCCAAUUCUCAGGAAGCCUUACCGCCACAGAACCGAGACAUUGCAGACCCAGUGAGCGGGUCUUUCUCUUUUGGAGAUGGGGAAGGUGGAGUGAGAAGCAUCAUUCUGGUAAUCUAUCCACAUGAUGACAUUGAAAUUGAAAAGACUUUCAUUAUUAAACUUAAGCUUGUGCGAGGAGAAGCUCAAUUAGACUCCACAGCUAAAGAUGUUACAUUAACAAUAGAGAAGUUUGGUGAUCCUAAUGGAGUGAUUCAGUUUGCGCCCGAGUCUUUGUCUGAGGAGACCUAUUUGGAGCCAUCAGCUCUGGAAGGGCCCCUGAUCAUUACCUUCUUUGUCAAAAGAAUCAAGGGUGUAUCAGGAGAGAUUAUGGUUUACUGGGAAUUAACUAGUGAGUUUGAUAUUACCGGAGACUUUCAUUCUACAAAAGGAAUUUUCACCAUUGCCGAUGGAGAAAGUGAGGCCAGCUUUGAUGUUCAUUUGCUGCCAGAUGAUACUCCUGAGAUAGAGGAAGUGUAUGUGCUCCAGCUUGUUUCAGUGAAGGGAGGAGCAAAGCUGGACACAGAAAAAUGCAUCAUUCGGUUCUCUGUUUCUGCAAAUGACGACCCACAUGGAAUAUUUGCCCUGUAUUCAGAUUACCAGUCCAUACUUAUUGGGCAGAACCUUCGUAGAUUCAUCCAAAUUAAUGUAACCCGACUUGCAGGCACAUUUGGAGAUGUGGCUGUCAGAUAUCGAAUCUCAUCUGACUCUAAGGAGCAGUCUGUUGUUACAGAAAAUGCAGAGAGGCAGCUGGUGGUCAGAGAUGGUACCAGAUAUAAAGUGGACUCAGUGCCAAUCCAGAGUCAGGUCUUCCUACCUCUGGGCUCGAAUUUCACCUUACAGCUGGUGACUGUGAUGCUUGUUGGUGGAAAUUUCUAUGGCGUGCCCCAAAUUCGCCAGGAAGCAAAAUCCGCCAUCCUUCCAGUUCCAGAGAAAGCUGCCAAUUCUCAGGUUGGGUUUGAAUCUACUGCUUUUCCACUGACGGACAUCACUGCCGGAACAAGCCAAGCUGUGAUUUCUAGGAGAGGCACGUAUGGGUCUCUCAAGGUUUCCUGGGCCUCUGGAUACGUCCCUGGGUCAGAAAUCCCUGAAUUCACGACUGUUGGCAACAUGACCCCCAAAGUAGGGAGGCUUUCCUUUUCCCAUGGAGAAGAAAGUAAAAGAGUCUUGCUUUGGACACACCCAAGCCCCGGGCGGCUGGAGGCCUUUGUCGUUCACCUCUCUGGAGUGCAGAGCAGUGUCCCUGGUGGGGCUCAGCUUCGGUCAGGUUUCACUGUUGCUGAAAUUGAACCAAUGGGAGUCUUUCAAUUUUCCCCCAGUUCAAGAAAUAUCAUCGUGUCGGAGGAUACACAGAUGAUCAGAUUACAUGUACAAAGACUGUUUGGGUUCCACGGGGAUCUUAUUAAAGUUUCUUAUCAGACAACUGCAGGGAGGGCAAAGCCCUGGGAAGACUUUGAGCCUGUUCAGAACGGGGAGCUACUUUUCCAAAGAUUCCAAGCUGAGGUUGAUUUUGAAAUCAUUAUUAUUGACGAUGAACUUCCUGAGACAGAAGAAAUUUUUUACAUUAAUCUAACUUCAGUGGAAGUUAAAGGGUUCCCAAAAUUUGAUGCUAAUUGGAGACCACGCCUGAAUCGAGAUUUCAGCAUGGCGGUGAUCACAAUAUUGGAUAAUGAUGACCUGGCAGGAACAGAUGCUCUUGGGCCCCCUGUUGUUUACGUCGAAGAGGAAAUGGAGAAUGGCACAUUGAACACUGCAGAGGUCCUUGUCCGGAGAACUGGUGGGUCUACUGGCAACGUCAGCGUAACAGUUAGAACUUUUGGUGAAAGAUCUGCUAAGAAGGAACCAAACGCAUUGCCCUUUCCUGACAGCCAUGGGAUUUCCAACCUAACAUGGGCAACUGAAGAAGAAGAUUUUGGAGCGCAGACUCUCAUCCUUGCGUUUGUAGAUGGAGAAAGAGAACGUAAAGUGUCAGUUCCAAUUCUGGAUGAUGGUGAACCCGAGGGACAGGAAUUCUUCUACGUGUUUCUUACAGACCCACAAGGGGGAGCACAGAUCGUGAAGGGAGAGGAUGACGCUGGCUUUGCAGCUUUUGCCAUGAUCAUUAUUGCAGGGAGUGAUCUUCACAAUGGCAUCAUAGGAUUCAGUGAGGAGUCCCAGAGUAGACUGGAGCUAGGUGAAGGAACUGAGAUGACCCGUCUGCAUCUUACUGUUACAAGGCAGCCAAACAGAGCCUUCGAAGAUGUCAAGGUUUUUUGGCGAGUCACAUUUAACAGAACAGCUGCUGUGCUCCAGAAAGAUGGUGUGAACCUGGCGGAUGAACUUCUGUCUGUAUCAGGGACCACUAUCUGUAUGGCAGGUCAAACAAAGUGCUUUAUCACCAUUGAGCUCAAACCUGGAAAGAUACCUCAAAGUGAAGUACACUUUUUUGUGGAACUGUACGAAGUAACAGCUGGAGCAGCCCUAAACAAUAGUGCCAGAUUUGCACAGGUUAAAUUAUUCCAGCCUGAUAAACCUCCAAGUCUCGUGUACUUCUCUGUGGGUUCUCGACUGCCAGUGGCUCAUAAGAAGGCCACUCUCAUUAGUCUGCAGGUGGCCAGAGACCAUGGGGCCGGACUCACGAUGUCUGUUAACUUCAGUACCCAGGAGUUGAGAAGUGCCGAGACCAUCGGUCGUACUCUCAUAUCUCCAGCUAUUUCUGGGAAAGACUUUGUGAGAACCGAAGGCAUCUUGAUCUUUGAGCCUGGCCAGAGAACCACUGUUCUGGACGUCAUCCUCACGCCAGAGACAGGGUCUUUAAAUCCAUUUCCUAAACGCUUCCAGAUCAUGCUUUUUGACGCGAAAGGGGGUGCCGGAGUUGAUAAAGUGUACGGGACCGCGAACAUCACUCUCGUCUCCGACGCGGACUCUCAGGCCUUUUGGGGGCUCGCGGAUCAGCUGCAGCAGCCCCUGGACGGCGACAUUCUCAACAGGGUGCUCCACGGCGUCAGCGUGAAAGUGGCCACGGAGAACACGGAUGAACAGCUCAGCGCCGUGCUGUAUUUAAUAGACAAGAUAACUGUUGAAGGAAGAAAACAAGCAUUAAGCAUUGAAAGCCGAAAUCUUUUCUAUGAGAUCCUUUGUGCUCUUGUUAACCCAAAACGCAAGGACACUAGGGGAUUCAGUCACUUUACUGAAGUGACGGAGAGUUUUGCCUUUUCUUUACUGACUGAUGUUACCUGUGGCUCUCCUGGUGAAAAAGGCAAAACCAUCCUUGACAGCUGCCCAUAUUUGUCCAUACUGGCUCUUCAUUGGUACCCUCAGCAGAUCAAUGGGCACAAGUUUGAAGGAAAAGAAGGUGAUUAUAUUCGAGUUCCAGAGAGGUUAUUGGAUGUUCUGGAUGCAGAAAUAAUGGCCGGGAGAAGCACAUGUGAAUUAGUCCAGUUUACAGAGUAUAACAGCCAGCAGUGGUUUAUGACUGGAAACAAUUUCCAUGCCCUGAAAAAUAAGGUAUUAUCUUUGAGUGUGAAAGGUCAGAGUUCACAACCCCUGACCAACAACAAUGAGAUUCUCUACAGGAUUUAUGCUGCCGAGCCUAGAAUUGUUCCUCAGACUCCUCUGUGUCUCCUUUGGAACCCGGCAGCUGCGAGCUGGUUGUCCGACAGUCAGUUUUGCAAAGUGGUUGAGGACACUUCAGACUACGUGGAAUGUGCCUGUUCAUACAUGUCUGUGUACGCUGUCUACGCCCAGACUGACAACUUGUCUUCAUACAAUGAAGCUUUUUUCUCUUCUGGCUUUAUAUGUAUUUCAGGUCUCUGCCUGGCUGUCCUUUCCCACAUCUUCUGUGCUAGGCAUUCCAUGUUUGCGGCUAAACUUCUGACUCACAUGCUGGCAGCCAGCGUGGGUACACAGAUUGUAUUUCUGGCAUCUGCAUAUGCAAGUCCCCAACUCACAGAGGAGAGCUGUUCAGCCAUUGCUGCAGUCACACAUUACCUGUAUCUUUGCCAGUUUAGCUGGAUGCUCAUCCAGUCUGUGAACUUCUGGUACGUGCUGGUGAUGAAUGAUGAACACACCGAAAGGCGCUAUCUGCUCUUCCUCCUCCUGAGCUGGGGACUCCCAGCUUUAGUGGUGAUCCUCCUCAUAGUUGUUUUGAGAGCAGUCUAUCAUCAGAGCAUGCCGCAGACCUAUGGACUCAUCCACGGUGACCUGUGCUUCAUCCCAAACAUCUAUGCCGCCCUCUUCACUGCAGCCCUUGUCCCUUUAAUGUGCCUCGUGGUGGUGUUUGUGGUGUUCAUCCACGCCUACCAGGUGAAGCCACAGUGGAAAGCCUACGACGAUGUCUUCAGAGGAAGGACAAAUGCUGCAGAAAUCCCACUGGUUUUGUAUCUCUUUGCCCUGAUUUCGAUGACAUGGCUUUGGGGAGGCCUGCACAUGGCUUACAGACACUUCUGGAUGUUGGUUCUGUUCGUCAUUUUCAACAGCCUGCAGGGACUUUACGUUUUUGUGGUUUAUUUCAUUCUACACAACCAGACGUGCUGCCCUAUGAAGGCCAGCUACACAGUGGAAAUGAAUGGGCACCCAGGACCUAGCACCGCCUUCUUCACCCCCGGGAGUGGAAUGCCUGCUGCUGGGGGCGAGAUCAGCAAGUCCACCCAGAAUCUUAUCAGUGCUAUGGAGGAGGUGCCACCUGACUGGGAGAGGGCAUCCUUCCAGCAAGCCAGUCAGGCCAGCCCGGACUUAAAGCCAAGCCCACAAAAUGGCACCACGUUCCCUUCCUCUGGAGGAUAUGGCCAGGGCUCACUAAUAGCCGAUGAGGAGUCCCAGGAGUUUGAUGACUUGAUAUUUGCAUUAAAAGCUGGUGCUGGUCUCAGCGUCAGUGAUAAUGAAUCCGGUCAAGGCAGCCAGGACGGAGGCACCUUGACUGACUCCCAAAUCGUGGAACUCAGAAGGAUCCCCAUUGCCGACACCCACCUCUAG